GCUCUUGGAAGCUUACUGGGCCCCUACUUUGAGCUAGACGUGAGGCUCACCACAUAGUUGGAGCAUGGCUGCAGCCCUGAACCCUCAGAUCCAUGCGCCCCUGGAGGUUGAGGGUUGCCUAAUAAUGAAGGUGGAAAAGGACCCCGAGUGGGUAUCAGAGCCCAUUCUGGAAGGAUCAGAUAGCUCUGAGUCGGAGACUUUUCGCAAAUGCUUCAGGCAGUUCUGUUAUGAGGAUGUGACCGGGCCCCAUGAAGCUUUCAGUAAACUCUGGGAACUUUGCUGCCGGUGGCUGAAGCCAGAAAUGCGUUCCAAGGAGCAGAUACUUGAACUGCUGGUGAUAGAGCAGUUUCUCACCAUUUUACCCGAGAAGAUUCAGGCUUGGGCACAGAAGCAGUAUCCAGAAAGUGGAGAGGAGGCGGUGGCAUUGGUAGUGCAUUUGGAGAAAGAGACUGGAAGACUAAGACAGCAGGUCAGCAGUCCUUUACACACAAAGAAGCAAGCCCCCUUUGGAGCAACAUGGGAGGUGUCAGAAUUUCAGCCAGCCCAGGUGGAAACCCAAGCCAGGAUGAUAUCUCAGGAGGAAGCUGGAAGCCACCACUCGGAACACCAGGAACAUCUGAACAAAAAGAAAGAACGUCAGCCCUUACCCAAGAAUGCUCGGCCUUCUCCCUGGUUUCCUGCUCCUGCUGGUGAAUGGAGCACCACAGAUCAAGAAGUGACAACCUCACGACAUCCUUCUGGGUCCCAGAAACCAUUGAAAGAUGUACACAUGACAAGAGGUUUCUCCUACAAAAAGAGUGUGCAUCAGAUUCCUGCUCACAGAGGCCUCUACCAGGGUAUCAGGAAGGAGAGUGUUGGGAACGUGGUUUCCUUGGGUAGUGCAGUGUCUAUAUCUAACAAGGCAGCCCGGUUGGACCAAAGAAAAGAGCCAUGGACUCUAGGUUUACAUUCCUCCAAUAAGAGGAGCAUCCUGCGAAGCAACUACGUCAAGGAAAAGUCAAUUCAUGCCAUUCAGAUCCCUACAAGGAGUUCAGGGAAAGCAUGGAGAGAGCAGCAACAGUGGGGUUUAGAAGAUGAAAAAAUAGCAGGUGUGCACUGGAGCUAUGAGGAAACUAAGACUUUUCUUGCAAUUCUCAAAGAGUCUCGCUUUUAUGAAACUCUUCAGGCUUGUCCCCGAAAUAGCCAGGUAUAUGGUGCUGUGGCUGAAUGGUUGCGAGAAUGUGGCUUUCUCCGAACACCAGAACAGUGUCGGACUAAGUUCAAAAGUCUCCAAAAGAGCUAUCGAAAAGUGAGAAAUGGUCACAUGCUAGAACCCUGUGCCUUCUUUGAGGACAUGGAUGCUUUGUUGAACCCUGCAGCCCAUGCAUCAUCUUCCGAUAAGCCAAAAGAGAUGAUGGCUUUGCCCAGAAUGAAGAGAAUUGGCAUCACUGCUAAGGAACAGAUCAGUUUGCUGGAGGAGGAGGAGGAAGCCGCAGAAGAUUCUGAUGGUGAUGAAAUGGGCAUUGAAUUUGUCCGCAAGUCUGAGAUUCGUGGUGCCCCUGUCUUGUUUCAAAACCUGAGUGGUGUGCACUGGGGUUAUGAAGAAACCAAGACUUUUCUUGAUAUCCUCCGGGAGACUCGGUUUUAUGAAGCACUUCAAGCUUGUCAUCGGAAGAGCAAAUUGUAUGGGGCAGUGGCUGAACAACUUCGAGAAUGUGGUUUCCUCCGGACACCAGAACAAUGCCGAACCAAGUUCAAAAGCCUUCAGAAGAGUUACCGCAAAGUGAAAAAUGGCCACAUGCUAGAAUCUUGUGCAUUCUAUAAGGAGAUGGAUGCCCUGAUUAACUCUCGGGCAUCUGGCCCUUCUACCAGCACCCCAGAAGUCUCUUCACCUGUAAGGCAGGAAAGAGGGGGCAUUGAGGUUGAACCCCAGGAACCUACAGCCUGGGAACCAGAGGAGAUCUCACAGGAGGCAGUAAUAGAAGAUUCUGGCAGUGAGAGAAUGAGUGAGGAAGAAAUUGUACAAGAGCCAGAAUUCCAGGAACCUCCAGGUCUAAAUGAUUUUGGAAUUGGAAGUAGUAUCAAAGAGGAUCCAAUGCAGAUAAUAUAUAAGGAUGUGGACCAGCAUAGGGCAUUGAUAGAAAAAUCUAAAAGAGUUGUUUCCCAGAAUACUGAUCUUGGUAAAUAUCGGAACAAGGAAUGCAUCUCAGGAAGACAAUGGGAAAACCUUCAAGGAAUUAAACAGGGAAAGCUAAUGUCUCAGCCUAGAGAUUUAGGGAAAGCUGUAGUGCAUCAGAGGCUUUUCAUGGGGAAGAGACCUUACAGACUUCUCAAAUAUGGAGAAAACUUUGGAAGGAGUGCCCGUCUUAUGUGCAGGAUGACCCACCAGAGGGAAAAUCCUUAUAAGUGUAGUAUCUGUGGGAAGUGCUUUGGGAGAAGCAGGAGUCUGAUCAGACACCAAAGAAUUCACACAGGAGAAAAACCUUUUAAAUGUCUUGACUGUGGGAAAAGCUUUAAUGACUCCUCAAAUUUUGGUGCCCACCAGAGAAUCCACACAGGAGAGAAACCCUACAGAUGUGGAGACUGUGGGAAAUGCUUUAGUCAAAGCUCUAGUCUAAUUAUACAUCAGAGAACCCACACUGGUGAGAAGCCCUAUCAUUGUGGAGAAUGUGGGAAAAGCUUUACCAACAGUUCUCAUUUCAGUGCUCACCGGAGAGUCCACACUGGAGAGAAUCCCUACAAAUGUGUGGAUUGUGAAAAAAGUUUUAAUAACUGCACAAGAUUUCGAGAACAUCGGAGAAUACACACCGGAGAGAAGCCCUAUGGAUGUGCCCAAUGUGGCAAACGUUUCAGUAAGAGUUCUGUUCUUACCAAACACCGGGAAGUUCAUGUGAGAGAAAGGCCUCUGCCACACCCUCCAUCUGUGUAUUCCACAGAGAACCCACAUAAGGGAAAGACAGAUGAAUUCAGGAAAACUUUUUGACAAUGAUCUCUUCUCUUCCUAAAUACUCCAUUAGCCAUUUUACCCUAACCUCACUCUUAGAAGCAAUCUUUUCUUAGCUAUAAAGUGUAAUUCCCAAGAUAAACGUCAAAAUGUAAAGAAACUAGACACUUUAAUUUUAUUCUGUUCUCACCUCUGCUUCUGUUUCUCUCCUUCUAUGUGUCUCAGUUUCUCUUUUAGUAAAGUGGAGAAGAUAAUUGAAUUCAGAAUGGAAGUCUCUUUAACAUGUUGAGGCCACUGCUAAUGGAUUGCUAAGUCCAAUAAUAUUCAAGAUCCUUCCAUGUGGGUGAGUUGUUUCCAAGAAGAUGAAAAUGCUGAAAGAUCCUGGAUGCAACUUGGUAACAGAUUUUCACAUUUGGUUAGAACUUUCAGGAGUCUGAUCCAAACUAUAUCUAAUGUAUCUUGGUUUUGAAGAUAUUCACCAAAGGAGAAUGAAGAUUUUAUAGCUUCCUUCAGAAGUCUUUUACAGUGUACCUCUUUGUGUGUUAAGAAGUUGAUCCAAAGGGAAGAAUUCCUUUAUUGUCACUGAAAUCCUGUUACUAAUGUCUUGCCCUCCAUGGAGAUGAUAAGCAAUUGAUCACCCAGCAUCCUUUUCUGUACCUGAAGAUUUAAAUCCCCUUGACUCCUGCUUCUCCAGUUUAUGAGUAGUCCAGUUCCUUUUGCUGUUUCUCAUAAGUCCUACACAUACUUCUUAAUUAUUUUGGGUCCUCCUGUAUGACUCUUGUGAACUACCACGUCCUCAGAUUGAAUGGGAUACAUGCUCGUGGUGUGUUUCACUAAAGUGAAGUAGAAUUUCAGUCACAUUCUAGUUCUAUAACUUCUUUGGCUCUUAAUUAGAACAUGACUGGUAUGUUGACAUAUUUUGUAUCUCCCACCCCACACUUCAGUAUAUUGUAUAAUAGUGCUUCUAAAACUUAAAGAGCAUAUGGAAAAAGUGUGGUAGAGACCUGAGAUAUUUGAUACUUCUAGGACCAGUUGGACUUCUUAGGUGUGCUUUAUGCUUCCUCAGUCCAGACCAACACUUCCAAGGCUGGCUGAUGAAUAUACUCUGUUUCUGAGGAUUCUGGUCCCUAUUCGUAAGAUUAUAAACCAAACUGUAGAGCCUUGAGUAAUUAUACAACUCUUUAGCUCACUGAAAAUGGAAUUUUAUAAAAAUUUCUAAAUCAGAACUCCCAUUUUUGUUUCUUUGUUUACCUGUUUGUCUGAAAAAUCUCUUUGAGAGCCCUUUGGCACUAGUUUAGUAAAUAGUAAAGAAUAGUGUCAGUGGGAAGAGUAGGUAAUUCAUAGAGUUAUAGGUGAAACCCAAGAAUUUCCAGGGCCAGUGGCUUUAGGUUGAGGACAGUGGCAUUGGUACCUUUCAUACGUACCCUUCAUACGUUGCUUUGGGGAGGGCGAAGUCUUAAGCUUAGUAGAAAGAUAAUCAGAGUGAAGACUCUGUGUAGAUAAUUAUUUUGCUCUUACCUCUUUUUAUUUUAUUAUUUUUGGUCGAACACUGUCUUAUUUGAAGACAUCUAGAAAUAUUUUUCCUUUCAGUAUGUUUGAAUCUUUUGAAACCUGUUCAGGAGAAUACCCAGGAGGGUAGGCACUGUGGAAAGAAAUCCAAUUUGUGGUGCCAAAAUAGGGUGUGGCCUGCUGGAAAGCAGGUGACUCAGGUAAACCUUGAUAAGUGUUUCUGAUUUACAGUGUUAGAAAUGUUAUGAUUGUUGAAAUCUCAAUAGGUUGAUUUCCUGUGUUGUCAGAAUCAUAGACUUCUAAUGAUAAGUGCAGUUUCAUGUCAGUAGUAUGCCUAGCACAAUAAGAUGUGUGUGGUACCAGUGGGUUUGUGUUUAUAUUGUAUAGAUGUUCUGGAAUUCCUACUCUAGAGAAGAUGCACAUUCAUAGAAAUCACCACUUAGUAAUAUGUACACAGGAGUGAUAAUUAUAUGGAAGCAUGAUUCAGGAAAGUAGAUGACUUAUUCAUAAAUAUUUAUUAAGCACUGUUAUAGGUAAGGCCAUGUUCUCGCCCCUGUGAGAGAUAUGGGGGCCUGGUGCCUGUACUCAAGGAACCUACAACACGAUAGAGAAGUGUCACAGCAACAGGCAGGACCACUUCACACCCAAGUCAGCUACAAAAGGUUAGUAACUCAAUCAUGGGAACACCACCUUCACUCACUGAAAAGUUUCUCUAAAUUUACUGUAUUCUCUACCUCCAUCUCUCAACCUUUCCCAAUGGCAGGAAAGGCUCCAGACACAUUUCAUCUCCAGUAGAACAAACAUUUUGUUUAACUCUUACAUGCCUGGGAUCAAGCUGAGGUGGAAUUUGGGUGCCCCUUCCUAUAUUCCUAAUUAAAUGGACUACUUAGAUGUGUAUUAAUUUAAUGAACUUUGUCUCUGUUCUGAAGGUCCUGCCUUCUAUAUUAUACCAAGGCUACUUGUCUCUGCAUUUUAUCUUUUCUCAGCUGAGACAUGUAAGUCAAAAUGAAUAAUCAUGUUCUGAUCAAAGUUCUGCCCUUUAUGAAUAUCCAUACAAAAAGUUUUUUUGUAGAUGUUAGUAUCUCAGUACCAAGGAAAGCUCUGAUCCUAAGCAAAAAAUAAAAAAUUUUUAUGUUAUAAACACUGUGAUUUGUGUAAAUUAGUGCUUUUUCUCUCUGUUCUGGCUGCUGGAAAGCUCAACAAAACCUAUAGGCCUCCUCAACCAACUACUUAAAUCUAUAUUUAUUUUUUUCUUAUUUCUUUGGAAAUUAUGUCAAUUCUUAUUUUUGAAAAGUAGGAUAAACAGAUAUUUUAGUCUCUAACAUCUUAUCCAAGGCAUUUUGAAAAGUGGGCUUGUAUUUCCUAUCUAGACUUGCUUUGUUAUUCCCACAAAUACUUCCAAUUCUUACCAGUGAUGUUAUUACACGUUCUACCUUACUCAUUCCUCUGGAAAAUUACCUUGGCUUCAUUUUAUUUUAUUUUAUUUUGGAGACAGAGUCUCACUUUGUCACCCCCAGUUGGGUCAUGGGGCAUCAUAGCUCACACCAACCUCAAACUCUUGGACUCAGGCAAUCCUCCUGCCUCAGCCUCCCAAGUAGCUGGGACUACCGGCACCCACCACCAUGCCUGGCUAUUUUUCAGAGACAGGGUCUCACUCUAGCUUAAGUGAUCCACCCACCUCAGCCUCCCAGAGUGCUAGGUUUAUAAGCAUGAGCCACCGUGCCGGCCAACGUUGGCUUUUUUAAAGAAGAAAACUUUACACACAAACAGCUCAGGGCAACCUUCCAUGAUAGAAUAAACAUUAGACCAGAAGCCAAAAGAGACAAGUUUUAGUCUCAUCACUACCACUUAAAUGAAUAGUGUUUGACAAAUCAUGACCUAUGUCUGAGCCUUAGUUCCUUACCGGAAGAGAAGUUGAACUUGAUUGGUAAGUUGCUCUGGCUCUAAUGUUUUGUCAGUCUAUUGACCUGGUAUAUAUGAGGAGGAGGUUACAAGACCAGGCUACUGGCCUGGUUCACCACUACAGGCAGCAUCCAGGUCAUACAGAAUGUAUUUUGUAUUUUAGGAAGGGGAUGCUGUGACGGAAAGAUCAGCUCAAUAGCUUGCUCGGUAAGGAGAAAGGCCAAGUCCCAAGUGUAAAAUAGCAGCCAGCCCCCAGGCUCCUCAGUAGCCAACAGCAGGUUAGCUAAAGUGAGGAAAGCGUAUGUUGUGAGGUCUGUUGCCCAGUGACUGAAGACUCAGCUAUGUGGGAACUGGGGAAGUCCCAGAUGAAAGGAAUGUCUGAGUAACUUGUGUAACUGUAAGCAUUUGCAUCCGUCUGAAUGCAUUCCAAGACCAACUAUAAACAAAUGUCUAUUCAUUGUUCUCUGUUGAUGUUCACUUAGAUGUCUUGAAAACUUGUAUGUGAAAUAAAUGUCUAAAGUAAAUGGUCCCAUUGGUUUCUGCCAUAAAGUGAAGGGUGUCCUUCUAUUAAGGGAAAAGAAAAAGUACCCAAG